AUGUCGAACUCGAUUAUACAACUACUUGGUUCCGAUAAAUUCAACGGUGAAGGGUAUUCGAACUGGAAGUCGAAUAUAACUAAUAUACUAAUCGUUGAUUAUUUGAGGUUUAUUUUAACGGAGGAAUGUUCUCCUCUUCCUGGUUCAAAUGUUAACCGAAAUGUUGAAGAAAUCUAUGACAAAUGGGUUCGUGCUAACGAAAAGGCAAGAGUCUAUAUCUUAGUGAGCAUAUCUAAUGUGAUCAAUAAGAAGCAUGAAGCCAUGGUCACUGCACGUGAGUUCAUGGUGUCGUUGCAAGAGAUGUUCAAGAAACCGUCUUCCUCAGUACGACAUGAAGCCAUUAAAUAUGUCUAUAACUCCCGCAUUGAAGAAGGGACAUCUAUUAGAGAACAUGUCAUAGACAUGAUGGUCCAUUUCAACAUUACGGAAGCUCAUAACGCUGUCACAAAUGAAAAAAGUCAAGAAAUCUACUUCGGAAUCAAUAUUCACUAUGAGUGGAUGAGCUAUAGUAUAGAGGAGUAUUAA